ACAGGAAAGGAAAAAAAAAAUCCCUUUCAGCUCUGAGCUCCACUACUAUCCUAAGUCUGUCAUGUAACAAACUUUUUUCAUCAGAGAAAGCAGCAUUUCAUCAAAAACUAGAUUGUUCAAGUUUCACAACUCUGAAUCAUGCUGGGAAAGAAGUUGGUGACUGCACAAAAGCGAGGGGAGACAAGAGCGCUCUGCCUGGGACUGGGAAUGGUUGCAUGCUCCAUGAUGAUGUACUUUUUUAUUGGGAUCACCAUUGUGCCAUUUUACUCUAAGAGUGUUUGGACAACAGAAACUGUGUGCAAGGUACUCAAAGCCAACAUCAAGGACAAAGUUUUCUGCCCAAACAGCAAAGGCCCAGAGGAUGAGGAAAUCUUUCCUUAUCCCUGUUUACAGGUGUGGGUUAAUCUGACAGCCUCAGGACAGGAGGUUAUGCUCUACCACACUGAAGAUACACUGGAAAGAAAUCCUAAGUGCUCGUACGUCCCAGACAAGUUGGACAACUCUAAAGAAGUUAAAGCACGAAUAGAAAUAAUUGCAAGCAAUUUCAAAAAAUACCAGACUUUCCCAUGUUACUAUGACCCAGGAGGAACACAGACCAAUGUCAUUUUAAGCAGACUUUAUCCUGCAAAAGGUCUCCUCUUUGCUUUCCUCUGGCCUACACUCAUGUUUACUGGUGGAUGUCUGAUUAUUGUUCUAGUAAAAAUUAGUCAGUAUGUUUCUGUUCUUUCUGCUUGGCAGUAAAAAAUACAUAUCUAGCAUAGAUUGUUGCGAUUGUUGGAAGAUACUAAGAUGCAUUUGUUCUGCCUGUCUUACUGGCAUUUUGUGACUCAAUAUACCAGGUGUCGAUUCAAGGGCAGGCUUUCCAAAAAAUUGAAUAGCAACCUUUAUGUAUGGAAAUCCAUUACACAAGGACAAAAUAUAAAACUGAUUCCCAGGAAUGCCUGAAAAUACCUCAUAAACACACAGACUUAGUUACUCUCCAUUGUUUCCGUGGCCUUUAGGAGGUAGAGCUGCCUUACAAAGCUACAAUUCACAUUUACUGCUAAACUCUUCUUCCACAUUUUAGAUGGGGUGCUAAUUUUCUAUCUGAUUCAGAUUAUUUGGUGCCAUAUCCAUAUACAUCAUCACUGGCAGACACACCCUUUAUACCCUUAAACACCAAUAUGGUAUGUUCUCAUGGCAUACUCAUCUGUUGAGAAAAAUAGCUUUGUUAUCAUGCAAAAAGGUGUAAUUUUUAUCAUGGAUCUCUCUGCUUUUGGGAAAGGGAAAGGAGAAAGCCCCUCAAAACAAAAAUACAGAGACUUUACAAAAUUUACACUCUAAUCAUCCGACACCAAUUGUAUAUAAAGAAAUAUAUGCAGAACUUACAGGGUAUGGUAAAGAAGCCUAUACUAAAAGUAUGUUUUUCUAUUAGCCUUGCUUUAUUUGAGACAAGUGUGCCACUCAAGGAAGGCUACCUGGCUGCCAUUUGCAUAGAUUAUAAAACUGAUUCAAAAAGGAAGUUAUUAUAUA